UCUCAGCACCGCCAUAUUGUUCAUGUACAAGAAAUUUUCGUGUGCAAACCAAUGGCGAUGAGACUGUAACGUUGCAGGUAUGGACACUUGUUUCAGUUGAAAUUUAUUCGCUGAUUCGCCCACUUCCUCGGCCAAAAUACAGAAUUUCUUGACUUCUUAGAGAUAGCUGGCCUCCAGAUUGCCAAGUCGUCAUGGCUCUGAAGAAGGUGAAGGGGAGUUUGGAGCGCGUUUUCGACAAGAAUUUGCAGGAUUUGGUGAGAGGCAUCCGCAACAACAAAGAUAGCGAGGCCAAGUACAUAGCAUCAUGCAUAGAUGACAUCAAACAAGAGUUGAGACAAGAGAAUAUUGCAGUCAAAGCCAAUGCAGUCGCUAAGCUCUACUACUUGGAAAUGCUUGGCUAUGACAUCAGCUGGGCGGCUUUCAACAUUAUUGAGGUGAUGAGCUCGUCUAAGUUUACUUUCAAACGUAUCGGCUACUUGGCUGCAUCUCAGAGCUUCCAUGAAGGAACGGAUGUACUCAUGCUCACUACAAACAUGAUCAGAAAGGAUAUUAACAGUACGAACCAGUAUGAUGCUAGCGUGGCCAUGAACGGUCUUGCAUGUUUCACAUCCCCUGACCUGGCCAGAGAUUUGGCUAACGAUCUCAUGAGUUUGAUGGCUUCCACAAAACCCUACAUCAGGAAAAAGGCAGUGCUUCUAAUGUACAAAAUCUUCCUCAAGUUCCCAGAAGCACUGAGGCCAGCCUUCCCACGAUUAAAGGACAAACUGGAAGAUCCAGAUCCAGGUGUUCAGUCAGCGGCUGUCAAUGUCAUAUGUGAAUUGGCUCGUAAGAAUCCCAAGAACUAUCUGUCAUUGGCACCGCUAUUCUUCAAGCUGAUGACCAGCUCAACCAACAACUGGAUGUUGAUCAAGAUCAUUAAACUGUUUGGAGCUUUGACACCGCUGGAGCCAAGACUAGGCAAGAAAUUAUUGGAACCUCUGACAAAUCUCAUUCACAGUACAUCGGCUAUGUCGCUGCUCUAUGAAUGUAUCAACACUGUCAUCUCCGUUUUGAUUUCGUUAUCUUCAGGAAUGCCCGACCACUCCGCGUCAAUACAGCUCUGUGUUCAAAAGCUGUGCAUUCUCAUUGAAGAUACGGACCAGAAUUUGAAGUACUUAGGCUUGCUGGCGAUGGGUAAGAUUCUUAAGACUCACCCCAAGUCAGUUCAGAGUCACAAGGAUUUGAUCUUAGACUGCCUAGAUGACAAGGAUGAGUCUAUACGUCUCAGAGCCCUGGACCUACUCUAUGGAAUGGUCUCUAAGAAGAAUCUGAUGGAGAUUGUCAAGAAGCUGAUGAUUCAUGUUGAUAGAGCGGAGGGUUCGCAGUAUCGGGACGAACUGCUGGCUAAGAUCAUCCAGAUAUGUAGUCAGAAUAACUAUCAGUACAUCAUCAACUUUGAAUGGUACGUGAGUAUUCUAGUUGAGCUGACUAAGAUUGAAGGGACGAAGCAUGGCCACCUGAUUGCAUCACAGAUGCUGGAUGUAGCCAUCCGUGUCAAGGCUAUACGAGCCUUUGCAGUCCAACAAAUGGCCAAGCUUCUUGAGAACACCAGUCUGCUAGUGGGUUCUGCAGCUCAACUCAACGGUAUCUGUGAGGUGCUGUAUGCUGCUGCUUGGAUCGUUGGCGAAUUCUCCGACUUUCUGCUGGAACCACGCUCAACGUUAGAAGCCAUGUUGAGACAGAGGGUGACUAGCCUGCCAGGUCACAUACAGAGCAUUUAUGUUCACAACAUCAUCAAGCUGUACAGUGCAAUACUGAUGAAACUUGAGCCGGACGGAGAGAAAGAACAGAUUACUGAAGUCACUCAACUCAUCUCUGAGAAACUGCCGGUGUUUGCUGAGAGUGCCAACCUGGAAGUACAGGAGAGGGCCUGCUGCAUUCUGCAAAUGCUGAAGUACAUUAACAAGCUGCAGGAGAAAGAUGUGGGCGUGGCUGAGGAGGUUGCCGCCCUCUUUGCUGGAGAACUGAAUCCUGUGGCUCCUAAAGCUCAGAAGAAAGUCCCUGUACCCGAGGGCUUGGAUCUUGACAAGUGGAUUAACGAGCCACCUUCAGAAAGUUCUGAUGAUGAAGUCACUAUUGACACCAUGUUUGUGCAUGACGCUCACAGAGUGAGUCAUAAGACAAAGUAUGAGGAACCUAAUGAGGACGAACUGCGUCGACGUCGCGAUGUACGACGUGAGGAACAAGCCAGUAACCCACACUACCUGAAGGAUAGCCGCAAGAAGAAACUCAAAGAUCUGGCUGCUGAGAAUGACGUAACGGUUGAUGGAAUUCCUGUCGCUAAGAUAGAUCUCAAUGUACCUCUUCAUGUACCUGGUUUUAAUGUGACCGAUGAGUACAUGAAGAAAUCCAAGACAUCUAAGAAACACAGGAAGAAACACAAGAAGGGCAAGAGAGGGCGCCAUAUAUCUGAGUCCAGUGAUGAUAUCAAGGUGGCUCAUACGGUGGACAUCGUGGGAGAAGAAAUGCCUGAGGGUGCAACAUUUUCAGACGAUGAUGAGGAUGACAGAGCUCUAGAUGAUCCCCACCGAGCGUUGGACAUUGAUCUGGAUAGGCCCUUGGAUGACCAUGACAAGAUUCCCAUCAGAGAACACCGUGUUGUUGCCGCGGGACUCAAGAUGGAAACGGGCCAGGAAGCGACGGAAAUCGCAGAGGGAGAGAAGCCCAAAAAGAAGCAUCAUCAUCGGAAAGAGAAAGAACACAAAGAGAAGAAAAGCAAGAAAGAUAAGAAGCACAAGAAGAAGUCUGCUGAGGCAGUUGAAGAAACCCCAGCAACUAAUGAGGAGGCGGUUGAUUUGAUGCCUGGGAUGGAGGAAGCAGAGCCUACAAGGACGAACGGUCAGAUAACAGACGCAGUGACGCAGGCAAACACGGCUGGAGCAGAGGCUAAGCCAGGGGAACCUGCAAAGGAUGAUUUGAGUUUCUGGCUUUCCAAGGCUUCAGAUGAACCUAGCGUCGCAACGGUCGUUGAAGAUGCUCCUGCAGAUACGAGUGAACCUCCACCUGAGGAGAAGCACAAGAAGCAUCACAAGAAGGAGAAAAAAGCCAAGAAAGAGAAGAAAGAGAAAAAGAAACGAUCGCAUAAAGGUCACCAUGGCGACGAAGAAAGACUUGAAGAAGAGGAGACGGGAAGGACGGAACAGAUGGAGAAUGGAACAGUGCAGGAGAGCGCACCAGAAGUAGUCAUACCACCAAUGUCCAGUUACAGACUUUUAGCUGAGAAUAAUUCUAUUAAAAUGAUGUAUGAAACAAGGGUAGAACUGAAAACCCAGAAUCAGGUCGUCGUGUCGGUAAUCUUCAGCAAUCUCACUUCCUCUCAUCUCAAGUCAUUGGACUUCAACGUCUUAGACUCUCUCAACACCAGGCUAAUACGAGUGGAUUUGACAAGUCAGCAUGAAGGAGUCAAGGUACCAUUCCAGUUGCCCCCUGGCAUGACGAAUGAGGGACAGUUUGCAUUCACAGUCAAAAGCAUUACCAUGGCACAGAAGCUGCGUGGAACACUGACCUACAUGCUCAAGGAUGAUGCAGGUUCCACAAGUGAGAAGAUUGACUUCAAGGUGCACCUUCCCGUGUCGGCUUACUUUGUGCCUAAGCAGUGUUCCAGUGCUGAAUAUGCGGAGCUGUUGAGUGGAGGGGACUUGAGCAGCAAGCAGUCCAUGACCAUCCCCAAUAUUGAAAUGGACUUUUCCAUCGUCCUUGCCAGAGUACAUUUCUUUGGGCACCUUUCACUUGUUGAGAGGGUAGACACGACAGCCUCUCUGUAUGGUCAGUCAAUACAGGGCCAUCAAGUCUGUUUACUUCUUAAAGCAUUGCCAAACAAGAGCAUCUCUGUGGAUGGGAAGAGCUCUGAUUCCAGUCUCCUAUCCUCACUUCUUGAUGACGUCAAGACAUUCCUGACUGAAGCGUAAAAUUCUAUCCAUAAAAUUAUUACAUAAGGCUGGUUCAGACUUCAUGCAAAUUCGAAUGCUCAGUGAAUUUGAUGUCAUAAAACAUUGACUGCAAAAUACCUGUGUUGAAAGAUGAUUAAUUUUGUGAAUUCAUAAAAACCUUUCGUAACGUCACACAUUUGCAUUCUUGUUUGCUAUCAGAGUAUGAACAAGCCUUCACAUGGUAAAACAAACCAUGCUUAUUAAUGCGACACUGAACCUAAUCAUGUAACACUUCCCUUAACCUUAGUCCUGCGACUUGUUUUAAACAAAACAUAUCUUGUGUUAUAGGAAUGCGAAAUGAAUGAUUUGUUGCAAAUGUUGACACUGAUCUGUAAGCCAUAUGCAUGGCAGCCAUCUUAGUAGGCGGUUGUUUUGUUCCUUGUGAUGGGCAUAAAUACACCUGUGUUGUUCAUGCAUUGUUACUAUAUUGAAUGUACAAAAAUGCCCUCUAAGGUUGCCGUUAUGGAUAAGGCUUAGAUUAGCAGUUGAUGUCAGAAAAAAAAGAAGAAAGAAAAAAAAGAAUCAUUUUAUAUUUGUCGGAUUAGAUGAAAUCUCUGUGCUGUCAAACCAGUCACCUUUCCGUUUACAAAGAAAUAACAAAUCUGUUUAUGAGGCGAAAACGCCCGUUGCAGACAAGCGUUCCUGAGGGAGCUAAACCAAAUAAUUCCUGAGAAUCCAAAGAAGUUCAAAGUUGGUAACAAUUAAAAGCGAAUACACACCCAUUGUUGAAUUGUCGACUGUUGGUGUUGUUUGGAAAAUUUACACAUACAGUUCAAUUGUCUGAAAGCAAACUUUAGUCUGACUGUAGAGGCUUCAAAUGCUCUUUGGUUUGGUGCGUCUCUGGAACGCUAGUCUGUAACAGGUGUAAUGGAACAAAUUGUGUUAAUUUUAAAAGAAAAAAAUGAAUGUAAGGUCUGGUUUGGCUACAGAGCUGCAGUAUAUCAAUGUUAAUAGAUAUAUUAUAUAUAUGUGUAUAAACAACAUAGUAAUUCCAAAGACAUUUUUUUGAUAUUAAGAUGUAGAAAUUAUGAAAACAGCAGCGGGUUAUGUAAUGGUUCUUGAGGAUGGGGAAAACAACUGGAAACUAUUGGAGGAGGGUUUUGGGUUUGGAGACGUGGGUUUUUUGAGGUGGUUAGCGGUUCAGGCUGGAGACGGAGGCUAGACAUUGAAACAGCUUGGAUUGACAACAGAACGGUAUCAUCACAAAGACAGCUUCAUUGAAAUGGAGAAAAUUUAAUGAGUUCAUCAGCAACCAUAGCUUCUUGGUAUCAAAACCUAACGAAUUGCCAUCUCGUUAGGUAGAUACAACCACACACGGAGCUUAUACUGUCAUUGGUUGCCUUUGUACACCAAGAGUUAAUGAAUAACUGCUGCGUAUGAGGUCUCACACCAUCAAGUACCAAACUUCACACCUUCUCAUGGAGUCUAUCACAAAGACAGCUUCAUUGAAAUGGAGCAAAUUUAAUGAGUUCAUCAGCAACCAUAGCUUCUUGGUAUCAUAACCUAAUGAAUAGCCAUCUCGUUAGUAGAUUGCGUACCGUUAUUUGGCUGGAUAAGAAAAUGCACAAACUGGAUGCGGAAAACAUUGGGUAGAAAAAGUGGGUACAAUUUGGAAAGUUCUACAUCUGCACUAAUGGGACAAACAGUCUGGACAGUUUACUAAUAAUAACCAUUCCUAUCAGUUUUAUUUGGCUAAACAUGACAAUUUUGUGUGAUAAAAUGAUGGUAUUUGCAAACAACAAUUGCAAACAAGUUGAGAAGUGUGUUUAUGUUGCUAGAAAGAUAUCAGGGAAUUUGUAUUUUUGGUCAGAUCAAGCCUGGAAAAGUUCCUGAAAACCGCAGAAUUUUCCGGGGGGGGGGGGGGGGGGUCGAAGGAUAAAAGUGGAACAUCUAUUAGUCUCACAGCUAGAAUAAAUAUGUCUUUAAAUAAAUUUGAGUAUUUUAUGCCGGGUUAGGAACAAGCAAUGAAAUAUGGAAAAGAAAUUUCAUCUCGAACUGGCUUUUGAAAUAUUGCUUGAUAUUAAGUUAGUCUCUGGGAAAAUUCUUGCAUUUGUUGUCAGGAAAAAAUUAAGUUUCUUGUCAAUAUUCAUUUCAUUACUAACUUUUUUCCGUGUAUUAUUCCAUAUAAAAUAAAUUGAAUGAAUAUGCUGAUCUACUUGAUGUUGUAGAUAUUUCCUGUAGAAUACCAGCCGUAACAUUAUUAUGCUUGCAAUCCCCUGACCAUAAUGUGUUUGAUUAUUGUCAUGUGAUCAAUCCUUGUUACAUAUACAUUUGCUAAUAGGAUGUUAUCGAGAGAUAAUUGUAUUGUGGACAAUACUGUGUUUAGUUUUUCAUUCAGGCUUUAGUUUCAAUCUGUGGACAAUUCUUAAGUUGAUUCCUAUUAUGCACGUUAUAGCUGUACUUGUUCCAUCUACAUGUGGUCUGCCCUAAUAGCUUUUAGGCUGAAACCUGUCCAGUGCAGAGUACUUAACAAUUGAGUUUCGGAACAACAAAAAAGUAUUAAAGCAAGCUUGGAAACGAGGAUUUAAUGCAUUAUAGCUUCUGUUUUGAUGGAAAUCCUAUUAACUGAAAUCCAGGGGUCACGAACACCGAUCAACGGGAUUGCACGGAAGCGGGGAAAACAAGAUAAAAUGCAAACGAGGGGAAGGAACGAGGAAUCGAAAUUGUGGCCAAGAUUUGACAUGGUUUGAUCUUUUCAAUACUUUCCAGAGCUUUCAAGAUAAUAACGUAUCAGUAUCAGUUUGACUUGGACAAAACCAAACAACUUCCAAUCCUAUUCUUGACUAAGAUUUUUGUCUGUUUGCCAUUUUGUUUUCUAUCAAACAGUAAUUGAAUCACAGAACCAACCGUCCCUCGCUAAUGAUUUUACAUGUAGAUUUUUGUGACGUUAUAAAGUGUAAUUAAGAAAAAACAGACGCAGCUUGUUGGUGUUAUGUAGCAAAGCAUUUAUCCAAAAAUAAUAAAUGUAUCUUACCUGCGUACUCAUUGUGAAAUAAUUCAAAGUAGCAUUAGUUUACGAUAAUUUAGAAUGCUGGAGCUACGUUGUUUUAAGGAUAAUCCUAGGGUACUACGUGUACGUGAAAAUGGAAGAGACAAUCUGUUCAUUUUUUUGUUGAAUAAACAGGAAACAAAUGAAGGAAAACACCUAAAUUAUUAAAUUAUUAAAUCCAUUGGUGCAAUAACUAGUACCAGUGAAUGCAAUGAUGGCAUAUUGUUUUAAUAUCGAGUACUGUAUGAACUGUGAUCAUCGUGAACGUGUAUGAUAUAUCCAUACUGGCGUAUUAACUGUUCUGUUUUUUUUCCGAUAAAGGGAAAUAAAUAAAAAGGCCAUCAGUAUUACUGAUAA